AACCCGAGCGUUAAUUGUUUUCGUUAUCAGUGAUAAGUCGCGAUAGGCGCAGUUUUGUCAUCACAUGAAACAAUCCAGUCUCGUGAAGAAACGCGAUGUUGAUAAUAAAGAGAAGAAGAGAGUGGGAGUUGAGUGGUGAAACUGAAAAUCGCGCAGUUUCUGUGUAGCGAUGGAGAAGGUAACAUCCACACCGUCGCUACAUCCGAAAUUCCUGAAACGGCCUGAUUCACUCCAGUUGGAGCUUUUGCCCAUCCCGGAGGAUGGGCCCUUGGCCAACCACAACCAAAGCUCCACGGGGUCGAUGCAUGUCGGGUUCAAGGACCUCACCUACACCGUCAAGGAGGGAAUCCUGCGAAGGAGGCCAAGAGACCUUUUGCGCAAAGUGAAUGGCGAAUUUUCAGCAGGAGAAUUAACAGCAAUAAUGGGCCCUUCCGGUGCUGGUAAAUCCACCCUUAUGAAUAUUUUAGCAGGAUAUACGAGGUCGGGCGUUGCAGGAAAGCUUCUUGUCAAUGGUGAAGAAAGAGAAGAAAGUACUUUUCGGAAACAGUCGUGUUAUAUUAUGCAAAAUGACAAUCUCCAGCCACUCCUCACCGUUCAUGAGGCCAUGACAGUGGCUGCAAAUCUUAAACUUGGUGCGAAAAAUAGAGAGAAGCAAUCUAGGAUAAAAGAAAUUUUGGAAUCGAUAAAUUUGUGGGAGAAUCGUAAAGUGAAAACGUGUUCUUUGUCCGGGGGACAAAAGAAGCGUCUAUCUAUAGCUCUCGAACUGUUGAAAAAUCCUCAAGUUAUGUUUUUUGACGAGCCAACGAGUGGGCUUGAUAGUCUAACAUCGAAACAGUGUGUUAUGCUUCUGAAACAAAUCGCUUCGACUGGUCGAACAGUUAUUUGUACAAUUCACCAACCAAGUGCUAUGAUUUUUGAAAUGUUUGAUCAUCUUUAUGCGGUGGCUAAUGGCUUCUGUAUUUAUCAAGGAACGGUCGAAGGUCUUCUUCCGUAUUUGGAACAAAACAACUUGAAAUGUCCCCCGUAUCACAAUCCGGCGGAUUACCUUUUGGAAGUGGCAUCUGGCGAUUACGGCGACUUUACCGAAAUCUUGGUCAAGCAGUCAAAUAACGGCUUAAACCAAGAAUGGCGAAAUAAACAAAGGAAUUCUUUACAAUUCCAAUCGCUCGAACAUAUAGAUAAAUUAAUGGAAAGUGGGCAAAUAACCCCAGUAAGGGCCCCCCCAAUCCUGUUCAAAAAAAUCACCAAUAACACCAAAGACCCCAGUUUUUGUGGCAACAGUCAAUACCCAACUUCCUUCUGUAACCAAAUCUUCGUGUUACUAAAACGGGCAUUUCUCGUGUUAAGUCGUGACCGAACUUUGACUUAUUCUCGGAUUGCGACACACUUGGGAAUAGCCCUUUUUAUAGGAACACUUUAUCAUGGAAUAGGAGAGGAUGCUUCGAAUGUUCUCAAUAACUUCAAUUUCUUAUUUUUCUCCGUGAUGUUUCUGAUGUUGACGGCGUUCAAUUGCGUCACAACAACCUUCCCUUCCGAAUUGCCCAUUAUCACAAGAGAGCACUUCAACAAAUGGUAUUCGCUCAAGUCGUAUUAUUUAGCAAUAACACUAGCCGAUAUUCCAGUACAAAUGGUGGCAACACUGCUUUACGCGAUUGUUACUUAUUUUCUCACAAUGCAGCCAGUGGAAGCCUUUCGAAUAUUUUCCUUUCUCUUCAUGUGCAUUUUGAUAUCGCUGGUGGCCCAAAGUUUCGGAUUAUUUAUCGGCGCCAUCAUGGAUAUUAAGAAUGGUGUGAUAUUUGGACCAUUUUGCCUUCUCCCCUUUACGAUUUUUUCGGGGUUUUUCGUUCAAUUGAACGACUCUCACCCCUAUAUGAGGUGGUUGUUUCACAUAUCAUUUUUGAAAUAUGGUCUAGAAGGGUUGGUUUUAUCAGUCCUGGGGUAUGACCGGGGCAAGUUACCCUGCAGUGCCGACUAUUGCCAUUUUGUCUAUCCUGAGAAGUUUCUGGAUCAGAUGGAUAUGGAAUAUGCUCAAUAUUCAACAGCUGUGAUUUUUAUGUUAAGUCUCGUUGCUGUAAUCAGAAUUGCGGCUUAUUUCGCCUUGAGUCUGCAAAUCAAAAAACGAACGUAAAUAAUUAAAAUGUGUUCAAAUGAAAUGUGAUAAGAGAAUGAGUUAUUUAUUUUUUAUUAUCCUAGUCUUUAGAUUAUAAUGAAUCAGGAAUUAAGUUGAUUUUAAUGUCUAGAUAGGUGCACACUUGUUAAGCUUUGAUAGGCCGAUUUACAAUCAAAUUUUUGUAUAAAACUUUACAAAACAAGGGUUGUAAUAAAUACAAUUCGAAAAAACAA